AUGUCCUUUAAUGGUAUAGGUCUAAAGAGUGCCAAGGGCUCAUCGACAUCGGGCCACGUACAGCAAUCGCUUGUCUCGAGUCAAGAUCGGAAGAAUGCUAAGGAUUACUUAAAUCGAGUGGAAAAGACUAAAGCACUGCGACCAAAGGCAAGUAAAAACAAGCCCAAUCGUAAAGAUGAGAGCAUACUGAAGCACCUUAGCCGGCGAGAACUUGAAUUAAGAGUCUCUGAGUAUCGAGAUAAUCUGGAGGACAUGCAAGAGUUAGACAAAGCUGAAAUAGAUGCAAAGUGCCAGGAGUACAGAGAGCAGUUGGCCGCUGAGCGGGAGGUAGAAGAAAAGGACGAAAAAUUACGUACUGCAUAUGUUUCGCGGAAGAGAAGGACCGCAAAGGAUGAAGGCUCAGAAGAUAAUCAGCAACGAGAAUGA